AUGCAGGGUUAAAAAAAAAAAGUCUGCCCUGAGGCUACACAUUUCUUUUGCCGCUUUAAGAAUCAUGUGUCCUUCCCACAUCUUGCUCAAGGUUUUAAAUGAGAAUGAAGAUUUGGAGGUCCCAUUGGCCAGAUGCAAGACAACAGAAAUGAUCCAAACCAAAAGGCUGAAAAGCAGAGAGUGAAGAGCACAGCAUUCCAUGGCAGUUGGGCUACACAGGGUGGAUGUGGUCAGCUGAUACUUUGAAGAAAUCCAUUUCAGGAGGCCUCUGUUGCAUCGAUACCAAGGAGUGGGUUUGCUCAUUGCCAUCAUGGCCCAGAGGGCCUUCCCGAAUCCUUUUGCAGACUAUGACAAAUCCUUGGCCACAGGAUACUUUGACCCGUCGGGGCGGCUGACUCCUGAGUUCACUCAGCACCUGAACAAUAAGAUCAGGGAACUUCUCCAACAGAUGGAAAGAGGCCUGAAAUCUGCAGACCCCAGGGAUUGUACUGGCUAUACUGGCUGGACAGGUGUUGCACUGCUGUACUUGCACCUGUAUGAUGUAUAUGGAGACCCCUCUUUCCUUCAGAUGGCUCAGGAAUAUGUGAAGAAGAGCCUUAGUUGCCUGACAAAGCGAUCCAUCACCUUCUUGUGUGGGGAUGCUGGACCUCUGGCAGUGGCUGCAGUGGUAUACCACAAGCUAAAGAAUGACAAACAAGCAGAAGAUUGCAUUGCUCGCUUGCUGCAUCUGCCCAAACUUGAUCCUCGAGUUCCUGAUGAGAUGCUUUAUGGACGUAUGGGGUACUUAUAUGCUUUGCUAUUCGUGAACAAGCAAUUUGGAGAGGAAAAGAUCCCUCAAAACCAUAUCCAACAGGUCUGUGAGGCAGUUGUGGCGUCUGGUGAGAACUUGGCCAAAAGGCGGAAUUUCACAGCUAAGAGCCCAAUGAUGUAUGAAUGGUACCAGGAAUACUACGUAGGAGCUGCUCAUGGCCUAGCAGGGAUCUAUUAUUAUCUCAUGCAGCCUGGCCUUGGUGUGAGUCAAGCAAAGCUGCAUAAUGUGGUCAAGCCAAGUGUGGAUUACGUUUGCCAGCUGAAGUUCCCAUCCGGCAAUUACCCCCCAUGCAUUGAAGACAAUAGAGACUUGCUGGUUCAUUGGUGUCAUGGUGCACCUGGCAUUAUCUACAUGCUUCUACAGGCCUAUAAGGUGUUUGGGGAGCAGAAGUACCUCAGUGAUGCCUUGCAGUGUGCUGAAGUGAUUUGGCAGUGGGGGUUGCUGAAGAAAGGUUACGGGCUGUGUCAUGGUACAGCUGGCAAUGCAUAUGCCUUCCUGGCUCUCUACAACCUCACUCAAGAGAUGAAAUAUCUCUACAGAGCCUGCAAGUUUGCAGAAUGGUGUUUGAGUUACGGGCAACACGGGUGUCGGACACCGGAUACUCCAUUUUCUCUCUUUGAAGGAAUGGCUGGAACAAUAUAUUUUCUUGCUGACCUGCUGGUACCAACUAAGGCUAAGUUCCCAGCUUUUGAACUAUGAAUUCCAUUCUAGCAGUUACUGACAUGAAGCUUGUUGUACUUCACAUCAUUUGAAAAGGCAGAUUAAAUGGCUAUAAUCUCA